AUGCUGAAAAAGGGUGGAAUUGUUUUGUGGAAGCACUACCUCAUAAGAAAACGACACUGGUUCUUAACUUUAAUCGAAGUUAUAUUGCCAGUUUUAAUUUUUCUGAUUGUUGCAUACUGUCGAGCAAAAUUAGCAGUAAUAAAAAAGAUUGAAGUUCCUGCAGAAGUACAUUUACCGUCAAGUUUAAUCAACUUGGAUACCCAACUAACAAAGAUCUUGUACAGUCCCUCGAACAAUGUCACCGAUGAUAUUAUACAUCGAGUUCAAGAAAAACUUGAGUUUCCAACCAGCAAUGUUUUUUCAUUUCCCAAUGAAGACGAUUUGGUUGAUUUUUAUGUGCAGGACAAUAUUGUGAGGGCUAUAGGGAUAAUUUUUGAAGAAUGGGAAAGCCCUAAAUUUAAAUACACUUUAAGGGUUCAUGAAGAAUCGGCCUUUUGGAAUAAUGACAAGUUAUUUUCGUCUGAAGUCUUUAAUGAUUAUCAACAAAUUCCCUAUAUAUCAACUGGAUUUUUGACAGUACAACAAGCCUUAGAUAAUGUGUUCAUUGAAAAAAAUUCCAAUAAAACUAUUGAGUUGAAUAUUAACCUAAAAGGGGUACCAUUUCCACCCCGUAUUAGGGAUGUGGGUGUUACAACACUUUAUAGCAGUAUUUUGCCCUAUGUUACCAUAUUUAGUUUUCUAUUAAUUAUCCCAGCCAUAGUACAAAGGGUGGUGGAAGAGAAAAAAAGCGGAAUCAAGGAGCUUCAAAAAAUGGUUGGGCUAAAAAGUUGGAUGAUAUGGUUUGGAUGGUUCAUGCAUGGUAUGAUUCCAGCUCUAGUGUCCAUUAGCAUAAUAACGAUCCUAAUGAAAGUAUCGUUUUGGGGGGCGGAAUACCCGCCCAUUGAAUUUACCAACGGUUUUAUCUACUUCAUCUUCUUGGUACUGUACUGUAUUAGUACCAUAUUCUUCUGCUUUUUGCUUAGCACCUUUACCAGCAAACCGACUUUUUCAAUGGUUUUCACAAUCUUAAUAUGGAUAUUUUCGUAUUUCAUACCAGACAAAAUUUUGUUGGCGUAUGGGGCGCCGCGAUUCCUUAAAAUUUGCCUUGGAAUAUUCCCCAAUGUUGCUCUGGAUCAUGGCUAUAAAAUUAUGCAAAAUUUCGAGCAAAAAGAAAUUGGCAUACAAUGGAGCAAUAUCUUCGAGUUAUCCUUAGGUGGUCAAAACGAAAUUUCAAUGUUUACUGUAUUUAUCAUUUUCAUUGCGGACGUUUUUAUUUUUAUUUUUUUAACGAUGUACAUCGACAAUAUCAACCCAGGAUCUUAUGGUAUACGUCAAUCCGUAUUUUUCCCCAUCAAAAAGAUUAAAAAGUUGCUUUCGUCGGCAGAAGUGAACGUAGGCAAUUCGCGCGUGGAAAAGGGAAAACUGCUAAAGCCCGGCAUCCAACUGAUAAACCUGUCGAAAAACUUCGGCUCGGUGAAAGCUGUCGACGACAUGUCGAUGAGCAUCGACAAGGACCAGAUAACGGUCUUGCUGGGCCACAACGGCGCCGGCAAGACCACCGUCAUGCACAUGAUGACGGGAAUGAUCGAGGCCACGGAGGGCGCCAUUUUGAUCGAUAAUUUGAACGUCAGAACCGACAUGGACAAAAUCAGGCGGAGCCUGGGGCUGUGCCCGCAGCACAACCUUCUUUUCCAGGACCUGACCGUGCUGGAACAUCUCCUGUUUUUCGCAAUGUUGAAAGGCGUAAGCAGAGCGGAGGCCAACGAGCAGGCCGAAAGGCUCACGGUUCGCUUGCACCUCCACGACAAGAAGCACACGUUGGCGCGCACGCUCUCCGGCGGCAUGAAGCGCAAGCUCUGCCUCGGCAUGGCCGUCAUAGGCGACCCGAAGGUGCUCAUCCUGGACGAGCCCACCUCCGGCAUGGACCCUGAGUCGCGCAGGGAGGUGUGGGACAUGCUCAAGAGGCACCGGGAGUCGAAGACCAUCCUCAUUACCACGCACUUUCUCGAGGAGGCGGACGUGCUGGGCGACAAGAUCGCCAUCAUGUCGCACGGAAAGGUUCUCUGCCACGACACGCCGCUGGAGCUGAAGAAGAAGUACAACACUGGCUACCAUUUAUCGUUGUCUCUUAAGUGUAGCAGCGAAGACGAAAAGGAGAACAUCAAGAAAAACGUGCUUUCAAUCAUAAACGAGGAGUCGGUUAACGCGAGCGACGUUCCCGCUUUCGGAAACACGAUCUGCAUCAAUCUGGAGAUCGAAAAUAAAUCGAAAUUCCCCAGUUUCUUGGCCAAAAUAGAGGACCAAAAGCAAAACCUCAAGAUUGAAAAUAUGUCUCUAACGUUAACGAAACUGGAGGACGUGUUUUUAAAAUCUAUGGAUACUGAUGAUACGGACUCGAUAGAUUGCAAAAAAAUAAUCACAAAAGGAAAAGUUGGUAGCCAAAAGGAUGUCCACAUACUUAAACCUCUAGCACAAAAGCGAUGGUACUGCUUCAAGAGGCGCAAAUGGUAUUUCGCGUUUACCGCAUUUUUGGUUGGACUUCUUUUAAUUGGAAACAUCGCGCUCUCCCAAAACUACCUGUUCGGUUUGAACACAAUUAUGGAACCAAAACUGAACUUGAACCUCACCACUUACGGAACCGGUUCUGUGUACUAUCAAGGACCAAAUGGGUACGAAAAAGUGAUGAACUAUUACAAAAAUAUCGUCUCGGACCAAAAAAGUGUUCCCAUGCAGGAGAAUAAUGUAGAUCAAGCCAUAAUCGAUAAGGGCACCGCCGACUUGACUUACUACAAGAAGCACAUCGUUGUCGGCGCGGAAUUUUCGGGCGACUCGAUAAACGCUCUGUACGCGUGCAGCGCCUACCACAGCCCGCCGAUUUCGGUGAACUUGAUUACGAACGCCUUCGCCAAAUCCUUUCUCGGCGAGGAGGCUUCGAUUACGGUGUCUGCGUGGCCCUUGGCCCCCAAAAAAAUCGAAGUGGAACCUACGAAAAUCCUCGAACCGCAGAUCACGCUGGUCUGGUCGUUUUUGUUCCCGAUAGGUAUAAUAUUGCUGCUAUGUCCGUUCAUAAUUUACCCAUACGAUGAAAUGUCGACGAAAUUCACCACCAUCCAGUUUAUGGCAGGAGUGUCCCCCUGGUUGUAUUGGUUUACAACUUUCAUAACGGAUUUCGCAAUAUUAUCAGUGCAAAUUGGAUUGUUGCUGGUGAUGCAGCUGUUCCAGAAGACUUUUAGUUUUAAUGUUUUCUAUAGCAAAGAGUCAUUCGGAACGUUCGCGCUAAUAAUGCUGUUGAUGUCGGUCGCGAGCCUACCGUACACCUACCUGUUCAGCCGACGGCCGAAUUUGUCUUCGGGCGUGGCCCUGUUCAUUAUUCUGAACCUCUUCAUGGGCCUGAUCCCCUACGCGGUGGUCUUCUUGCUCAAGGAAUUCGGCAGCACGUGCUGGAGCACGGUAGGCAAGGCGCUCGACGUGGUGCUGAUGAUAACGUGCCCCCCCUACGGCUACACCGCAAUAGGAAAUUACUACUCCAAACAGACCACCAGGCUGUACAACUGGAACGAGAUGAAGGGCGCCGAGAGGGUUCAGGAGUGCAGGAUGGAACCGAAUCAUCCCUGCUGCAGGGGCGACGCGAAAGCUUGUUCCGCGUACACCAGUUACUUUGGAUCUGAAGGGAACACCCUGUGCUUAAAUCUGUUCUACAUGAUUUUGGGUUCGUUUUUUUACAUGCUUGUGAAUAUUUUCCUCGACAAAUACUUCAAGACUUUCCUUGAGAAAGCCCAGCUGUAUUGCCAACAAAUAAUACACAGCCAAACCCACGAUGAUAACGAAAGUCAAGGGCUUAUUUCCACCUCCGAUGGAAAAGGUGAUGGGGGCUUUCACGCAACUUUACUGAGAAAAACUUACAAUAACAAAAAAACCGUCAACAUCAGCGAAUUGAAGGCGGACAAGGGUAAAUGUUUGGGAUUUUUGGGGGUGAACGGUGCCGGUAAAACCACCACGUUCAACAUCAUAACCAAGCAAAUUUUAAACGAGGACCCCAAAGGGCAGUUCCACAUCGGAGAUGGCGGUGAUAACAACGAGGAUAACUAUCUGAAGAAACUGGGGUACUGUCCUCAGGCUGAUUUGCUAAAUUUCACCUUGACUGGGGAGGAACUGCUCACUGUCAUGGCUAAUAUUCGCGGGGUCUCCGAUGUAGACAAAACUGUUCGGGAAUUUCUGGAAAUGUUCAACCUCGUGAAGCACAAAGACAAAAUGAUAAAGACGUACAGCGGGGGAAACAAGAGGAAGCUCUGCGCGGCGGUGUCGUUCCUGGGAAUCAAGGACGUGAUCCUCCUCGACGAGCCCACCAGUGGCGUGGACGCGAAGAGCAGAAGGAACUUCUGGAAAAUCCUCAAAACCUACCAGUUCGACAACAAUCUAACCACCAUACUGACGUCGCACAGCAUGGACGAAUGCGAAGCUCUAUGCGAUAAUUUGAUCAUUCUGAAAGAGGGGACCAUAAGGAAAAACGCGCCGAUAUCCAAACUUAAACAGGAAAUUAGCGGCUACAUCGUCUCCUUUAAGUUGACGGCAAAGCAAAAUUUCGAUGAGGUUGAUGCUGUGAGCUUAACCAGCAAACCCAGCCACGUUAAUCAGGACGUACUGGAAAGCUUCAAGAAUACGAUGAGCCGGAAAUUUGAGGACAGCGUUUUGAGAGAUGAGCACCACGGUUCUCUUCAAUACCAAAUUACAACACGCAAUCGCUUAAGUCAAAUUUUCAAGGACGUUGAGGAGAUCAAAAUAGAUUUUCCCAUCAUUGAGGACUACUCCAUAAGUGAAUCAUCUGUCGAGGAUAUAUUCCUUAGCGUUGCAAGGAGUGAUAGCGGUAAUGAUAAUGUUAGCGUGUAA